GUUCGGUUGGACUGGAACAUAAUAUCCCUAACAUGGGGUUAUUAUCUGCUGGCGUCCCUCCAUUGUGACUCCAAGAGUCAUUUUCCAGCCUAAAAAGUGACUUGCUGCCAAAAGUGAGCAUCAACGAGUGGCUGCUGAACUCGUGGGAAAAGGAUGACAAGCAGAAGAGACAUCGAUCGAGGCAUCAAAGGCACCGUCGAUCAACGACCAAGCAAAGAGAACAGGAAGGGACAGCAGCAGAACUAGCCGUCUGUUGUCGUCUUCUGACAAGCUUACCCACCCCAUCCAGGAUCGUAUACCCAAACGUAUCCAACACCAAGGAAAGAUUUCUUGUAGUGUUAUCACAGCCGACAAUCAGUGAUCUUUCGAGUUCGUCUCUGUAGUUUCGUUAAUUCGAUUGGCAACGGCAACCUUAUCUAGCCAGCCUUUGAGUUGUCAGUGGCGUUGUAGGACUCAGGAUAGCGACGAGAAUAUUGUUUGUUACCCUUAUUAUAGACGUCGACCAUGGGCGCCACAGCCAAAGAAAACAAGAACAAAGGAAACGCUGCCUUCAAGAAUGGCAAGUGGGAAGAUGCCGUCAAGUAUUACGGUCGAGCCAUUAAGCUAGAUGAAAAGAACUUUGUCUGCUACGCCAAUCGCUCUGCUGCCUGGCUCAAGCUGGGGAAUCCAGAAGAAGCCCUCAAAGACGCGGACAAGUGCAUCAAACUCAAGCCCAAGUACCACAAGGGCCAUGCUCGAAAAGCCACCGCAUUGCACGCCUUGAAGCGAUAUUCCGAAGAGGUCAAGGCAUACAAGUAUGGACUCAAGUACUGUCCCGAUGAAGAAGCGCUCAAGAGCGGACUCGAACAGGCCAAACGACACCGAACCAACAGCAGUAAGGCUUCCCAAGCGGCACGAAAGACCACCGCCACCAUGCAAGCAGCGUCCAGUCGGAAAAAGAAAGCUGCCAAUUCCUCCAAUGUCAGUCAGUUUGUGUUGCAGACAAAAAAGAAUCUAGAGCUUCAAAUGGCUGCCAUCCAGGCACAGUUGGAUAUGGUCAAUGAACUGACCAAGAUGAAUGAAGAGGAAAAGCUGGAUCUUCUAUACACUCUGCUCGAUAAGGAUGGAGAUGGUACCAUUGAUGCCAAAGAACUUGCCGACGGAUUGAGAAAGAGAAAUGAUGGCCUGUCGUUUACUGAUAGUAUCCAAAAGUCCAUCGAAAUGAUUGCCAUUUACGACGAUGAUGGCGAUGCAGAGCUGAAUAGGAAUGAAUUCCAACACUUUGUCGAACGAAUGGUCUCAGAGCUCAAUGCUACCUUUGAUGAGUUUGCAGAGUUCCUCGUCUACCAGAUUCUUUUCUCGGAGAAGGACGACAAAGAAGAGGAAGAGGAUGUGGAUAUCGACAAGCUCAAGGAGGAAGUCAGAGAAAGAGGGCAACUGCUGGAUACCCUCAGUGACCCACGAAUGAUGUCACUCUUUGUGCUGUUUGAUAAGGACGGUGAUUCUACAGUGGACUUUAAGGAGGUGGCUUGUGGGUUGUAUCAUCUUACCAAGUCCAUGGAAGAGUCCGCCAAAGCCACUACGGGACUGCUACUGAUGAUGGACAAGGAUGAUAAGAGAGUCCUAGGAUAUGAACAAUUCGCAAAACUCAUCUUGGCCAUUGCCGCUGCGGCCAACUCCUCCUUUGACGAAGUGGCCGACGAUUUGACAUUAGCGCUCACUUCCGAGGAUGCUGAAUUAGACGAGGAAGUACUGCGAGAGCUGACCAUUGCCGACGAAGCCUACGCACAAGCAAGAGAUCGCGAAAGAGAAGAAAAGGAACACAAAAAGGUCAUGGACGCCCUGUCUUACCGGAGAACGACUCGUCUGUUCGAUCUGUGGGAUGCCAAUGGCGACGGGACCAUCGACUUUGAGGAGCUUGUCACUGGACUGCGAAGGUAUCAAUCGGCAUGCAAUGGAGAUCAAAGCGCGGAGGAUGUCGAAAAGGCAGCCAUGGCGCUCAUGGCGGAGGAUGCAAAUGGCGAUCAAUCCCUAGAUCGAGAAGAGUUCGCCUACGCAAUGGUUAACUACGCAGAUGCAAUGAGUACUGACCUGCACGAACUUAUAGAUUUCAUGUGUGUUGUUGCAGCGCUGGGUGAUGAUAGUGACUACGAGAAGGCAUAUUCCAAAGCAGCAGAUGGUGGUAUAAUAAAGAAGCCGGGCAAGAAGUUUAAGGAGAAUAUCGGUGUGGACGAUGAAUAGUUACAGGCAGGCAAACGCUGUCGGUCGAGGAGAAUAAUGCGCGCUCCCAAUUGCUACCGUAUGUGUGGAAUGUGUGGAGAAAUCAAAUGUGAUAUCUUGAACGAACGCAACCGCUCGGUGCGUUUUCAAUUCUAUAACUUCCAAACAGUCUGCUUGUAAUUCAUUGGAUGAUGCACGUGAGCGAAUGACUAUUUGGACAAAACGAGUAUUGUUUGGCUGAUAAUUUUUACUGUAAGGGGUAUUAGAAUCUUGAUAUUCGUCUUGUGCGUCUGCUGUGCCGUCAAGUGGCUGGCUACAGGACGUUCGCUCCUUCGCCACCGGUUUCGGAGUCUGGGGUCAUCGCCUUGCAAAGCAAAGUCUUAGAGGAACUAAUAAAUGUAAAGAGUUCCCCCGAACUGUCGAAGAAUUCUCGCCUUUGAAAACGCUACCUGCAUCUCAGCUUCGGCGACGCUGGUUUGGGCAGCUUUCUUGGGGCAUGGCUGACCUCGAGCCGGCUCUCUUUGACCUGGAUAUCGGAUUGCCCCUCCCAAGCGAACAAGGUAGUAAUAUGGCAAGCACGGUCAGCAGCUAAAUCGUCAUAGUUACGCGUGCCAAACGACUAGUCAGCUAGCACCGUACUACAUAUGCAAUGGACAUACGGCAUGCAUUUUCUCCGCGGCGGGAAGGCGAAACUGGCCUCCCAUGAACCUUGCCAUCUUGGUUUUCUAUCCCUCUGAGUUUUGGGCCCAUUG